AUGUCCGCAGUGACCGAUUCAUGUGCCGUGUGUGGGGAUCGGGCCACAAAAUUGCGAUAUAGUCAUUAUGGAGCCACGUCUUGCUUCUCUUGUCGUGCUUUCUACCGACGGGCCAUUGAAAAAGGCUCCUUCCGGAAUUAUGCUUGCUCUUUGGAAAAGUCUUGUGUGAUCACCACCAAAACGCGAAAGAAGUGUCCGUUCUGUCGCUUCGCCAAGUGCAAACGGGUCGGGAUGACUCAUUCCUCCGAGAAAGGUUCACGUGGGACGAGCUCCAAUACUUCUGAUCGUGUUCCACGCAGUCCAACUCGAGCCGCAAUUGAGCCCUUGGACGAGGAGAUCAAUGGCGUCCUGGCCACGCUUUCUCAGCGUCAACGAGCUUGA